GUUUAGUUGUUUGGUUUGUGUAGGAUCGAUCAUCAAACAAGUUGCUGUUCAAAGUUCACGAAAAACAAACAACAGAGUAGAAAUUCUUAUCAAUCCAUUCAGCUCACAAGUUAUGAUAUUCUGAUUCUUCGUUUAUCCAAAAGAUGGCGUCGAAAAACAGCAGCAGCAGUUUUGACUUUGAUGUUUGCAUGUCGACUUACAAUCAUGUUUUCCAACCUGAUGUUUUGAACAAUAAGGUGGCCUUCAUCACAGGAGGAGGGUCUGGAAUAUGCUUCACUAUUGCAGAAGUUUUUAUGAGGCACCAGUGUGACACAGUCAUUGCCAGUCGGAAUCUUCAGAGAGUCGAGCAGGCAGCCAAGAAGUUAGAGGCAGCCACCGGGCGAAGGUGUAUGCCAGUCCAACUCGAUGUCAGAAAGCCGCAAGAUGUCCUACGUGGGGUUGAUGCGGCACUCGGCCACUUUGGCAAAAUUGAUAUUCUUGUGAAUGGUGCUGCUGGCAAUUUCCUUGCACCAGCCAGUGGUCUCUCCUUCAAUGGUUUUAAGACGGUGAUUGAGAUUGAUACACUAGGAACAUUCAACACAUCAAAGGCCGUCUACGAUAAGUAUAUGAAGAUCCAUGGCGGUGUAAUCAUCAAUAUCUCUGCAACACUUGCGUACCGUGGACAGCUAUUUCAGGUUCAUGCAUCUGCUGCCAAAGCUGCCAUCGAUUCCAUGACGAAAUCUUUGUGUAAUGAGUGGGGAGCCCAGGGUAUCCGUGUGGUUGGAAUUGCCCCUGGACCAAUCGCUGACACGGAGGGAAUGAGAAAGCUUGGAGGUGCCGCCCUCAACGAGCAAGAUAUGGAUAGAGCGUUUAGGAAUCUACCCCUACAGCGAUUGGGAACCAAAUGUGACAUAGCGGACUGCGCUGUCUUUGCUGUUAGCUCAGCGGCUAGUUACAUCUCGGGCCAUACUAUAGUAGUGGAUGGAGGAUGCUGGAUGACAGAUGAUAACAAUAUGGACGCGGUUAUAAAACGAUUAGGUAAUUCAAAGCUGUAAAUGUGGGUGAUAACUCCCUUUAUGAAACUGUUACAUUUAGUUCAAGGGGUCGAUUUCACAAAGAGUUUAGUCUUAAAAGAUCUUAAAAACUUUAGGGUAGUCCUAAGUUAGGACGAGUAACACAUCCUGACAUGAGAUAAGACUAGUCUUAACUCUUUGUGAAAUCCACCCCUGGACUGUCGUAAUAAUAGAUAGUAUAUUUGGGUCGCUUUCACCAAGAGUUAGGAUGAGUCUUAGGAGAUCUUAAAAACUUUAGGCUAGUCCUAAGUUGAGCUGAGUAACCUCGUCCUGACUCGAGAUAAGACUAGUCUUAACUCAUUGAAACCUGCUGAAAAUGUUAAUGAUUUUUAAAACUACAUCGGUUCGUGAAAACUUCCCUGUUCUAUUACUGCUACUUCAGGUCUGAUUAGUGCUAGGUUAAGAUGAAUCCGGGUAAACCAUGGUCAAUUUAUGACAGUACAGUUGAGCUAAAUUGAUUUCAGUUAUGAUUUUUAUGUUCCAUUUCUGUAAUUGCAUUAAUAAUACCAUUAUCGGUGUAGAAAGCUAUGGUUAUUAAUUUGUGUUACUGUUUUCGGAAAUGUUAGCCAAGGAUACCUCAUGUGAACUUUAACACUGUAGCUUACAAGCCUGAGGAAUGUACAUGUACUAAGGUGAUUGCUAUGUUAACCAGAAACGCCAGGGUUAACCCCUACUCUUCCACAAUAAGUGUUUUGGGUCCUUUUUCGUGCACUACCAAUCCUAGUGCAGAGGACCUUGGGCUUAAUAUCCCAUCGGAAAGACGAAGCAACUAUGAUCAAGUAUCUUGUGCAAGACCAGGACUAAAACAAGACCAGGACUAAAACCCACACUCUGCUGAUCAACUACACCAGGGCCCAAUUCGAUAGAAGCUGCUAAGCACAAAAUUUGCUUAGCAUGAAAUUUUUCCUUGAUAAAAACAUGAUUACCAACAAAAUUUCCCUUUGUCUCAUAUUACUUGUUACUUAUAUUCAGCUGAUGUUUGCUCAUCCUGAAAAAUCAUGUGGAAAUAUGGUUGGUAAUCCUG